AUGCAUGGUUUGCCGUGCUCCUCUCUGCAGUACUGCUUCGGCGGCCCUGCGGACGUGUCGGCCGACCCAACGCAGGACGUGAACCCCGAGACCUGCCACGGCGAGUUUGACCCCGCCGAGUUCCCGCGGCCCAUCUCUGCCCAGCCUGCGUCCAAGGAGCCGGCGAGCGAGCUCAGAGACUCGAGUCCUGUGUCAUGCCAUGUCAGCCAUGUGUCGAUCCGAUCUAAAGCUCCCAACGGCACCAAGCCCAGCUCUGCUGAGCCGGAGCUGGAGCUGGAGCUGGAGGAGGAUGUACACAGCCUCCAGUCCUCUCCCAGCCUCAGGGAGCUCUCUGAUGAUGAAGCCCAGGAGGGCAGCCCUGACCUGGGCAUGAAGUACCCGCAGAUCCCUCGACCCUCCAUCAUCAGACACCCACAGGAAUGCCCUCCCCAGGAAGGCCAGACUGAGGACAGAGAUUAUGGAGUGAUAGAAGAUGGACCGUUAUCAUCAGAUCAGAACCUUCCUCCCCUUCUUUCCACCGACCCACAUCUGUUUCCUUCUGACCCGACCCUUCGCAUGACCUCAUCGUGUGACCCCUCAGUCCCUCAGGUCACACCACUCCAGUCCCAGAGUGGGAACAGGAAAUGCAUCCCAGGAACCCCGAACGGCCCUCCAGAAAUGUCCAGACCAAACCAUCUGACGCCUUCUCAUGGGUUCUUACAACUCACCCCCUAA